CGGACCAACAUGGGGACAACAGGAUUCUGGAGCUCGCUGUGGCUCGUGUACCUGACGCUGCUGGUCGGCUCACUCUCUCAGGAAGAAUCUCACAUUGGUCACGUGUGCACGACAUGGGGUCACAAUCACUACAAGAGCUUUGACGGAAACUUCUACCAACUGGCCUCGUCCUGCAACCACUUGAUGGCCACAAGGUGCAGGAGCGAGAACGAGAACGAGAACGAGUACUUCAACAUCCAGAUGAGGCGGAAGGUCGUCGACGGCGUCCCCACCAUCGACAAGAUCACCAUGAUGAUGGAGGCCACUGUGGUGGAGAUCUCCAGCAGUGGUGUGGUCGUCGACGGCAAAGAAGUGUCUACACCGGUCAACACCUUCGGGGUGACUGUGAGGUCCACCCCCACCAGUAUCACUGUGGACGCCAAGUUGGGCAUCACAGUGAUCUGGAACACGGACGACUCCCUGGACAUUGAAAUCGAUGAAAAAUACAAGGGCCAGGUGUGUGGACUCUGUGGAAACUUUGACGAAAACAGCGGCAACGACUUCAACAUCGAAGAUAUCCCUCUGUCACUCGAAGCCUUUGCCGAGUCCAACAAGGUGAACAAUCCGACCGAGUUGUGCGAAUUGCCUGAUGUCCAGGACAUGGAAGAAUGCGGGGACGUGACUUUCUGUGAAGAGGUUUUCAACCAUACAGCGUUCGACAGCUGCAAAGAGCUUCUGGAUUUGCCGUCCUUCGGUAAAGCCUGUAUGUCCGACAUGUGUCACGCCGUCAACGGCAGCAAAAAUGUCCUCUGCCAGACCCUGUCAGAGUUCUCCCGACAGUGCAUCCACGGUGGCGGCUCGCCACAACAGUGGAGGACUGAAGACUUUUGCAAGAAGGAGUGUCCGUCAAACUUGCAGUUCAUGGAGUGCACAAGCUCAUGUCCUGACAGCUGCACCACACCUCAGGCCAGCCAGACGUGUGACAACCACUGCCACGACGGCUGUGGCUGCCCUGACGGAAUGGUCAUCGAUGACAUCACAAACAGUGGCUGUAUUAAAGUGUCAGCGUGUCCGUGUCAGCACCAGAACAAAUUCUACCAAUCUGGAGACAGCUACAAAAUCAACUGCAGAUCCUGUUUGUGUGUUGGUGGUCAGUGGAAGUGUGUCGAGAACGACUGCCCAGGACGAUGCUCUUUGGACGGAGGAUCUCACGUCAACACCUUUGAUGGAAAGAGUUACACCUUCCACGGAGACUGCUCCUACAUUAUGGCAAAGGGAGACAAUGGUACGUUCACUGUGAUCGUGGAACUGGUCAAGUGUUCUCUGAGUGACAGCAGCACCUGCCUCAAGUCUGUGACUCUGUUCUUGAGACACAAAACUGUGACUGUUAAAGUUACGUCCAAUAAGGUGUUUGUGAACAGCAUUCUCUCACAGCUGCCACUGUACAUCGCGGAGGUGAACAUCUUCAAGCCAUCGUCCACACACAUGGUCAUCAGCACCAAGGUGGGCAUUCAAAUGAUGAUCCAGCUGUUGCCCAAGAUGCAGGUCGUCCUCACAGCUGAUUCUUCACUCAGCGGAACCACCAAGGGACUGUGCGGGAACUUCAACAACAAAGAGAUAGAUGACUUCAGGGUGAGCAGUGGACUGGUGGAGGGAACCACCUCAGCUUUUGUCAACACACUGAAAAACGAAGGCAAAUGCCCCGACAUCCAAACUCGCCUGGUCCACCCGUGCUCCCAGGGCAUCAACAAAGAGAGUUACGCCAGAUACUGGUGCUCCAAACUGACGGAGCCCACAGGAAAGUUUGCUCCGUGCCACGACUUCAUCAGCCCCUCCUCCUACUUUGAUAACUGCUUGUACGACACCUGUGACUGUGAUCAAAGUGAGACCUGCAUGUGUGCCGCGGUCUCCGCGUACGUCUUGGCGUGUUCGGAGGCGGGAGUCCACCUGACCGGCUGGAGGUCGACCGUCUGUGAAAAGUUCAAGAACUGUUCAGAGGGACUGGUGUACAGCUACGACAUGACGAGCUGCAAACGGACCUGCCAAUCCCUGAGUCAGCCCGACUACACCUGCAUGGUCAACCACCCCAGAGUGGACGGCUGUGGCUGCCCCGACGGAAAGUACUUAAACGAUGAAGGGAAGUGUGUGCUCAAGAGCAUUUGUCCCUGCUACGAUAAAGACACAACUAUAUCUCCUGGAGGGACUCACAAAGUGGACAACAACACAUGCAUCUGCAAUCAAGGAGUUCUCAGCUGCACUGGGGGACCUCUAUCUUCAUGCUACGACCCAAUGAUUUACUUAAACUGCUCUGAACCUGAGGACACUGGGGUCGAGUGUCAGAGGAGCUGCAGCACUCUGGACAUGGAGUGUCUCAGUCAAGGCUGUGCUCCAGGCUGCAUGUGCCCUGACGGUACGGUGCUGGACGGUAAAGGUGGAUGUAUCAAAGAGAGCGACUGUCCGUGUGUCCACAACGGAAAGGCCUACCAUCCAGGAGAGACGCUGACUGUGGACUGCAACACCUGCUCCUGCAAAAACAGGAAGUUCACCUGCACUGACAACGUUUGUGAUUCUGUUUGUGGAAUCUAUGGCGACGGUCACUACAUCACAUUUGACGACAAGAGGUUCGACUUCAACGGAGAGUGUGACUACACACUGGUGCAGGUAAUGUGACAUCGUCAUCAUCGUCAUCAUUAUGAAUCAA